UUAAAUUACUUAGUUUUUGUCAGAUGUAUAAUUUUAAUUAUAUUAAUAAAAUAUAUUAAAAAAUGUCUGACAUAACUGAAAAUAAAGAGGAUGCUACAUCUAGCAAUAUUAUGAAAGAAAAUGCACAUUCACAAAUUAAUACCACAGAUAAGAAUAUUACUAACCAAUUCCAAGAUUCUUUAACUUUUUCUUUAUUACAACAAAAUAUUAAUGAAGUAAAUUUGGAAGAAUCCCAAUGUUUAAGAACUGCUGGUGAUAAACUUAAACAGCAUCUAAAUAGUAGUUGUGGAUUUUCUAAUCUUGAUGAGUAUAAUUCUCAUAUUGUACCACCAAGGAGAACAAUAGAAAAUGCUCAACAUAACAUUACUACUCUUCCUAUAGAUAAUACUGAACCAUCGCCAACUAGUAAUGUUUUAAAUAACCAACAUUAUUCAACUGUUACGGAAACAUCAAACAUGGUAAUACACAAACCAUUUAAAACCAAGAGUGCUCCAUUAAAUAUAUCCACAUUGCAAUCGCAAUCAGAGGAUUUAUUACUAUACGUUUAUGAACCUAUAAAAUGGCAUUGGUUCUAUUGCAAGUAUGCUGAUAAAAAUAAAUGGGUUCCAUUUAGCCAAAAAGACUCUGAUGCAAUUGAACAAGCCUUUAUUUUAAAUGAUCCAACUAAUGAAUCAGUUAUAGCAACAGAUGGUAGUAGAUUUGAUGUUUACUUAAAUCAAAGAAUUCGUAAACCAGUAUAUUGGUCUGAUAACUCAACUAAUGUACGUCGUUGUUCUUGGUUUCUCCGUAAUAGCAAUGGAUCUAAUUUUAUUCCUUAUGAUGAAGUCACAGCUAAUCUUUUAGAGGAAGAAUACAAAGCAGCUUGGGAAAGUAAUGAAUGGGGACGUAGAGUUCCAGUUGGUAAUUAUGAAGAAGUAGUUUUUCAUAGUCCUACAGCUAUUAUCCACAACGGUGUAUCUAUAACACUUCUAAAUAAUACUGAAGAAACUCAAAGUUAUCAAAUGGAUCAAGCAGCAAAUAUAUCUUCAUUAAAACAAUGCAUAGUUAAACGAGGGUUUGAAGAAUUUGUAAUUCCUAGUGAUGAACCAUCAAAAGUGGAUCAUUUAUUAUUUAUUGUUCAUGGAAUUGGGUCUUACUGUGAUUUAAAAAUGAGACCAAUUUAUGAAGUUGUGGAUGAUUUUCGAAGUUUAGCUCUUCAGUUAACACAAUCACAUUUUAAAACAUCAUGUCAAUCAGAAAAAAUUGGUAGAAUUGAAGUUUUACCUGUUUCGUGGCAUUUAGCUCUGCAUAGUGAAGAUAUUGAUUGUAAGCUCAAAAGAAUUACAUUGCCAUCAAUUCCACGUCUCAGAAACUUUAGCAAUGAUACUAUAUUGGACGUUUUGUUUUAUACAAGUCCCACAUUUUGUCAAACUAUAAUAAAUGCUGUUGGAAAUGAAAUGAAUCGAAUGUAUAGUCAAUAUCUAUUAAGGAAUCCAAAUUUUAAUGGACAUGUUUCUAUAGGCGGUCAUAGUCUUGGAUCUUUAAUUUCAUUUGAUUUGCUGUGUAAUCAACAACCACCAAGUCCUAAAAAACAAACUCAGGAAUCAUCUGUAGCAUCAGUUGAUCAAAAUCAAAAAGCUAAAUUAAGCCGUGGUGCAUCAUAUGUAACAUUAGGAAAAGCUGGUACUGGACAACCAUAUAUCACAUACCCACAACUAAAAUUUGAACUUGAUUACUUUUUUGGUUUUGGAUCACCUAUUGGUAUGUUUGUAACAGUGCGAGGUAUUGAAAGCUUAGGAGAAAACUUCAAGUUUCCAACUUGUCCAGGAUUUCUCAAUAUUUUUCACCCGUAUGACCCAGUUGCUUACCGUAUUGAACCAUUAAUUAAUGCUGCUUUUGAAAAUAUACCUCCUUUUCAAGUGCCACAUCACAAAGGACGUAAAAGAAUGCAUUUAGAACUAAAAGAUACUAUGGCACAUGUGGGAGCUGCUUUAAAGACACAUCUUGUAAAUUCAGUAAAAAAUACGUGGAAUACUGUUUAUCAGUUGGCUAUGUUUUCAAAAGUAACUUCAGGUCAUUCUAUAGAAUAUGACCCUAGGAUGAAAUUAGAUCAAAAAUCAAAAACUCAACAAGUAGAUUCUACAAAUACCUCAACAACGUUUCAGAGUACUUCUGAAUACCUCAAUAAUAAACCUGGUAUUCUGAACAAAGGAAAUAGAAUAGAUUAUGUUUUACAAGAGGCGCCAAUUGAAAGUUUCAAUGAAUACUUAUUUGCUGUAGGCAGUCAUUUAUGUUAUUGGGAAUCUGAAGACACUAUUUUAUUAGUUUUGAAGGAAAUUUAUUCAAUACUUGGAGUAUCGCCUGAUAAUCAAAUUCAGCAUGCUAUACUACCAUUUGACAUUCACGAUAGCGAAAAUUCUAAUUAUCCAACUAGUAUGCAGUUUGAGGAACCACCAGGAUUCAACAUGUCUUUUGGAUCAUUAUCAUCACUUUAUGAUGAUAAAUGUUAAGCCAACACUAUAACAGUUAUCGGAAAAAUAAUUUAUACAAUAGUUAUUGGAAUGUUAUAUUUUAUGUGAAAAAAAAAAUAUAGAUUAUUUGAAAGGUGUUUUAUUUACUGUGAUAUUUAAUAUUUAUUAGUUAAUUAAGUUUAUUUAAACUAGAUAGCAAUAUCAUUAUUGUCUUAUUAGGUUUUUUGUUUUAUUAGAUGAGCCACAUCACAAUCCAACAUAAGACUUAUAAGUUAUUAUAUUAUAUUCUUGUUAUGUAAUUUAUWUAAUUGUAUUAUUCUCGUUUACAGAAUUUUUAUUUAAAUGUCAAAGAAUAAUUGUUUUCAAAGUCAAUGUGUUAACUUAUAUUUAUGUCUAUGUAUGUUAUAGUCAUAUUAAUAGAUAUCAUUUGUGUACAUAACUCACCAAACUUAAGGAUUUAUUUUUCAACUACAAUUCAUUUAUUUUACCAAAAAAUAAUACUUAAUUUUAAUUUUAAUUUUAAUUAAAUUGUUUGUGUUAAGAGGAUGUUAAAUCCGCAUGUGUUGUUCUCCGUCUUACAUCUUAAAAAAAUUCAAGUCAAUAUUAUUAUUAAAGGGCUUCUUAUAGGCUUUUUAUUACAUUUUAAUUUUAAAACGA